CCCAAAUCAUCAACACUAUCCAACAACCACACCAUUUUUACCAUCAAUUUUACUCUCUUAGAGGGUCAUCUCAACUUAUCCGUAGAUUUCCACAAUUUUACCAUUAUUCUAAUAUUUCCUUCAAUUUAAUCACAUCUCACCAUAAAUUAAUUUUUUUACUCUUAAUUUAUCUUAUUUCACACUUUUUAAAAUUGGCAUCUUAAUUUUUGGAUUUUUACUCAUUUAUUCCAACACUACCCUAACCUUCCAUAUCAUACACGCCAAUUCCAAUCCCUUCAUUCUAUACACUCAGUUACACAAUUUUAAGAAUUUAAUUAAUAUUUUCUUAGUCUGACUUUUUUCUUUUAAAUAUUUUAAUCCAUUGAUACUUUUUUAUUUCCUCGUACAAAUCACUUUUUUUACCCUUUACAUAAUUUUUCACAUUUUUAUUGUUUAUCACACACUUUAUUUGGUCCAACAUGUUCAAUUAUUUUUUCUGAGUUCACCAGAUUCAACGAAUCAUUCCUCAACUUGAUUCAUUAAAUUCUAAUGACAAUUAAGUUGGAAAGUGUAAAAAAUUCAUUAUUGAAGUUUAAUCAACUUGUUAAGGAGCAGUCUAAAUCUAAACUCAUCUACGAAGGAUGGCCCCCAACUUCACACAUUCCCAUCUCAAACAACUUUGGGCCAUUGGGUAGGAGUGUAUUUGUGAUGAAUAGGAGAUUGGAGACAGGUAAGGACUUUGAACCUACGUUGGUCUUCUGCUGUGGUCUUAAACCCAUGCUCAUGAUGAACAAAACCGAAUUCUCAAACCUCAUCUCACACCUACCAACAAUCAAACUCAACCUCGCCUCUUUCCUCAAACUUCUCUAACACAAUACCACUUAAUAUAUAUAAUAUAUAA